CCUGAAACUCCGAGUCGCGCGACCAACUCUAACCCCACGAUCUCGCACCAUUUGCCCGCCCACGUCGCCAACCGCGACCAUCCGUUUCGGAGCCGCUCUUUUUUUCCUGCAUCGCAUCGCAUAGCAUUCGCACCCGCAGUUAUGCCCGCCAUGAUGGACCAGCGCGAGCUGGAGUCGCGCGUCAAGGCGCUCAACAAGUCGGUCGCCGCCAACGAGCCGCCCGAGAGCGCCAUCAAGCUGCUCGACUCGCUCAAGAACGACGCCGCGCCGACGGAAGAGAUGCUUCGGGCGACCCGUGCCGGCAUCAUAGUCGGAAAGCUGCGCUCAAACCCGAACAAGGAGAUCGCCCGUGCCGCGUCUGAACUCGUCAUCAAGUGGAAGAAGCUCGUCGAGCAGGAGAAGAACUCGAAGCUCCAGAAGACCAAGGGCUCUCCUGCUCCCGCGCCGGCUUCGUCGCCCGCCGCUCCCGCCCCCACGAGCCUCAAGAAGACCUUCACGGGCGACCCGGAGAAGCGCAAGUACGACACUGACGGCGUAGACAUCAAGCGCACCGACUCCAACGUCCGCAACCAGUGCAUCGGCCUCAUGUACAAUGGCCUCGCCUACCGGUCCACGGAGGCGGGCUCCGACGUCAUCGCCAAGGCUGUUGCCGUCGAGCAUGCCAUCUUCGUCGCCUACAAGGGCGAGACGGCCGACUACAAGAAGAAGAUUCGCUCGCUCUUCUCCAACCUCAAGACCAAGUCUAACAAGGAGCUCGGUCCGCGCGUCAUGUCGGGCGACAUCUCCCCCGACAGAUUCGCCGUCAUGACCGACGAGGAGCUCAAGAGCGAGGACCAGCGCAAGAAGGACAUUGAGCUGGAAAAGGAGAACAUGAAGAAGGCGCAGGUGCCCAUGGCGGAGAAGAGCAUCAGCGACAGCCUCGAAUGCGGCCGCUGUAAGAAGAAGAAGGUUAGCUAUACGCAGGCACAAACGAGAAGCGCCGACGAGCCGAUGACGACGUUUUGCGAAUGCAUGAACUGCGGUCAUCGUUGGAAAUUCUCAUAAAAAGUUCGAGCGUCGGCGGGCUACAAGGCGUUUUCAAUUCGCGACGGUAACGGGAGUAGGUCAUUUCGCAUUGGCGUGCGUGGUAUCAAAGUCCGGGGCGACCGGGCGCGCGGGACUGGGAGUUUGGGAACGAGAUAUAUAUCACUGCGACUUGGCAACGCGCACGACGGCUCAAGGGACUGGGCAUGCGUUUGUGCUUUUCAUCUUUAUUUGUUUCUUUCUUCGUCUCAUGCCUCAUCCCUUUCUUUCUGCGUUGCUGACGCUGACGGGUUAGUUUGCAUGGGUGGAGGUGGUUAUUUUUGGUUGGGCCCUGCUUCCGCUGCUCGCGUGUGCGAUGCAGAGUGUUAGAUUCGAGACACGGCCGCCAGUACAUUUUAGACCGUCUAUUUUGUUUGUCAGAAUAGGACCUUUCUUCAGCGACUCGGAAAGACGAGGCCAUGCACAGUGGUAUCUAUAUAAUCU